AUGGCAAAAGCCGAGGCCGGCCACGUCGAUGCAAGUCUUGUGUGUGUCACCCACGAGGGAGCCGAACUCACCGGCUUCCAUCGCGAGUUUUUGCUUCGCCGUUAUGCAACUGUCGAGCUGGACCCAGUGCCGUCUCCCAGUGAUGCCGACCCGCUGAACUGGUCACGGCCCAAGAAACAAUUGAACAUAUUUUUCGUUGCAUUUCAUUCCUUCAUCGGCCUCUUCACCGCGUCGGCUAUCCAGUGCACCUUCGUCUCCAUCGCCCAAGACCUCCGCGUAUCCGUGCAAGACGCAAGCUACCUCGUCUCUGUCUUCAUCGCAGUUCUCGGCGUCGCGCCGCUCAUUUGGCAGCCAUUGUCUCGCGUUUAUGGCCGACGACCCGUCUUCCUCGCCUCUCUGCUCUUCAGCCUGAUCGGGAACGUCGGGUGCGCUGUCGCGCAUAACUACUCGGCAAUGGCUUUCUUUCGUGCUUUCACAGCCUUUUUCAUCAGCCCGCCACUCGCCCUCGGAAGCGGCGUCGUGGGCGAGACCUUCUUCAAGAGAGAAAGAGGGCAGUAUAUGGGAGUAUGGGCUAUGAUGAUGACCCUUGGCGUGCCGGUUGGCCCGCUGGUGUUUGGGUUCGUUGCAGUGAGGGUCGGAUAUCGAUGGAUAUACUGGGUUCUCGCCAUUAUAAAUGGUGCGCAGCUCAUCGCAUACGCGCUCUUGGGGUCCGAGACACGAUACGUCCACAAUUUCGCCCUCGACGAGAGGCCUCGGCCUUCAGCGACGCAGUACCUUGUCAUGCCCCGACGUGUCGACCCGACUGGCCUUGCCUGGUACGACUUCUUGCACCCCUUGACACUCGUCAACAACCCAAACGUAACCAUCGCGACUGUCACGUACGCAAUGGUCUUUCUCUGGGGUUGCGUCAUGACCACGCUCAUGGUCCCACAAAUCUACCCGCAGAUCUGGGGUUUUGAUGCAGAGAAGGUGGGAUUGCAGUAUAUCGCAUUCAUCGUGGGGACUGUCAUUGGCGAACUUGGAGGCGGGUUCGCUUCGGACCAAUGGAUGAGGGCGGCGUUGAGACGCAACGGCGCCGCACCGAAGCCAGAAUUUCGCCUAUGGCUGAGUUACCUAGGGUAUCUACUGACCAUUGGCGGUGUCGUCGUAUUCCUGGUGCGGCUUGGUGCGGCUUCGGAUACCUGGGACGCGACGCCAGACGUGGGCAUGGCGAUUGGGGGAGCUGGCAAUCAGGUCGUGACGACGGUCAUGAUAACGUACGCCGUUGACUGCCUCCCGCACGACGGAGCCGCAAUCGGCACCUUUGUAAUCUUUGUGCGCCACAUUUGGGGGUUCAUUGGGCCGUUCUGGUUCCCCCAAAUGAUCAACGCGCUUGGAUUCGCGCGCAGCACUGCCGUUCCCGUUGCCAUGAUAGUCGGGGUGUCGGUGAUUCCAACGAUGCUGCUCCAGGGGCUGGGGGAGAGGUGGCGGCGGAAAGCGGCAUGA